AGGAUGUCCCAAAAAAACCAAAUCCGAGAAAACAAUACCUGAAAUAAGAAAAAACGCGGGCGCACAUAUGGAAAUAAAAGCAAUACAAGUCAAAAGAGAAGAAAGUCUUCCGAGAUAACCUCUUUAAUCCUGGAUAGGGGAAUGGGAACGAUAACAAUGUUAAUGUAAUUAAAAGGCGCAACUCAAUGCCUUAUAAAUAGAACUACCGUCGUUUUGAAUUUCAAAUAGCAUUUCAAUCAUUCGUUUAAUGUGCCGAUCGGACAGCAGUCGAAACGAUCGCACACUAGCGGAAUAAUCGGUGGAUUAUCUGUAUAGCCUGCCUUUUAUCAGUUAUCUUUUUUCUUAAAAUCAUUUUUGAAAAUGUACGGAUACAUAAAUCGCGCGCUUCAAGAUUUGGUUGUUCGGGACUACGGUUUUGAAGCUUGGAUAAAUAUUUUAAAAAGAGCAAACGUAGAUCUUGGUGAAGCAAACGAGUUCAACGAGCGGAGGAUUUAUGAUGAUCAAAACACGACCGACUUACUAACCAUAGCGGUGGAGGUUUUAGGCGUGACAAAAAAUUCCAUACUAGAGGAUUUUGGGACGAUGUUCUUUGAACACUGUCAAAAAUCUGGUUUUGACCUGAUGUUGCAAACACUUGGAGGGACACUUAAAGACUUUUUUAACUCCCUGGAUGGCUUACAUGAGCAAAUGCUGCUUCUUUAUCCUGGCAUGCGAUCACCUUCAUUUAGAGCCAAGGAAAGCAAGUAUGGCAGGAGACUGGAAAUAUAUUACAGUUCAGAAAGAACAGGGUUAGAGUAUUUUGUCGUUGGACUGAUAAAGGCAGCUGCAUGUAAGCUCUUUGGUAUCAGUGUGAAUGUUAAGGUGCUAUCAAGUAUAAGUGCAGACAGUCCAUGGUCAAAAAUCUUGGUAUUGCCUCAAAGUGAUAAAGAUCUUGUUUACAUUCUCCCAAAAGAUGAAACAAUGCAAUUAAGAGAAAAGGAACUGAGUGUUAUAACAUUAGGCUCCAGAAUCAGCAGUGCAACAUUUUGCAGAGCAUGCCCAUUCCAUCUCAUGUUUGAUAGCAACAUGGUAAUCUACCAAUCUGGAAUAUCUGUAUGCAGGGUUUUACCAGCCAUCAAAGUUGGACGCACAAACUUCAAAGAUGUAUUUGAAUGUAUCCGACCACCAAUAAAGCUGACAUUUAAUAACAUUUUAGAUUUUAUAAACAAAGUAUUUAUUGUGAAGACAAAGGAGGGCUUGCUGGAUUCAGCAUCACUGACUACAGUUACAGAAGAUGACUUUGGGAAACUGGAGUCACCAUCCAUGAGAUUUAGAGGGCAAAUGCUUUAUCUUCCUGAAUCUGACAGCGUUGUGUACCUGGCAUCUCCUAGUGUUGUCAAUCUGGAUGGUCUGAAUGAGAAAGGUCUCUAUCUUAGUGACAUCCCUAUACAUGAUGCAACCAGGGACUUGAUAUUGUUAUCAGAACAACAUAAUGCCGAGUUCAAGCUUUCACAGCGUCUUGAAAUCUUAACUGACAAACUACAGCAGACAUCCCGUGAACUUCAAAGUGAGCAGCAACUUACUGACAGGCUUCUCUACAGUAUUUUGCCAGCCUCUGUGGCAAAUGACCUGCGUCUUAGGAAACCAGUUAUGGCAAAGAAAUAUGAGAUUGUAACUAUCCUGUUCAGUGGUAUAGUGAAUUUCUCCUCACUCUGCAAUGAAACCAGAGAGCCUAUGGAAAUUGUUGAGCUUCUUAAUGAAGUAUAUGUUAAAUUUGAUAGUCUUACUGAUGGUAAUGAUGAAGUAUACAAGGUUGAAACUGUUGGAGAUAAGUAUAUGGCAGUCAGUGGGUUACCAACGAAGUGUGAAAAGCAUGCUGUAAACAUAGCAGAACUUGCACUGGACAUGAUUGAUGUUGUUAAGGGAGUAAAUGCCAGAGGAUCACAAUUACAAAUAACUAUUGGGAUUCAUUCUGGUGAGGUUGUGGCAGGUGUCGUGGGACAGAAGAAGCCUCGCUACUGUUUGUUUGGAAACAGUGUCAACCUAACAAGCCGAACUGAGACAACUGGCCUCAAAGGAAAAAUAAAUGUAUCAGAAUAUGCAUACAGGUGCCUUCUUUGCCAGACUCAAGACAAAUUUGUUUUCAAGAGAAGAGGGCCUGUCAUAAUGAAAGGAAAGAAAGAGCCCAUGAUUACUUUUAUCUUAACAGACAAGAAGAAUUGAAUCCUUAGUGUAUUAAUUCAUGAAUUAUAGAAAUUCAGAGUGAUGUAGGCUGUAAGAUCCUUCUAACAAUAAUUAUUUUAAUUAUAAAGGGGAGUAAAUUCAGCAACCUUUCCUGUUCUGGUAAAAAUUAUAACAUGAAGGUCAAACUUUUGCAUUACAACUGCAACAAAAAGUUCAUAUCGUACAUACAAUAAGAUAUAAUUUAUCUGAUAUGAUUUAACUGUUUAAUAUAAGCAAACAAAAACUUGCUACAGUACUUGUAUUACAACUUUUUAUGACUAGAUACAGUAGCACUAUAAAUUAUGUUAGGAACUACCAGGACAAUUUGGUCUACAAUCCUAAAAUUAUAUAAUAUAUGUAAAUACCAUAACUAACUUUUAUAUUUCUCAUAUGCAACAAAAAGGAGAGGACUAACUGAUUUAUAUUUUAGCAUUGCAAGGAUUGCAGAGAGGCAGCAGAAUUGGGCUUUUUAAAACUACCUCACCUAAAAUUCCACAAUUUUUACUAUUAUCUUAUCAAUUUUUCUAUCAUUAAGACAUUAUUGUUGUUAUGUUUUUAUUUGCGCAAAUGUAAAACAUUUUAAUGAAAGAAAUAUGGUACUGUAGGUUAAAAUCACUUUCAAAUAACCUCUAUCAUCUCUCCAUCAGAAACUCAUAUCCCCUGUAUCAGGAGUCAUCGGUAUUUUCUAGAAUACCUAGUAAUGUGUUUUAUUGAAUAAUUAGUUUUAUUAUUAUUUAUUUUUUUCUUUUGGAUUUUUUGAUGUUACAUGUAUAUAGGUUUAAAAAUGACACCAAAAACCAAAUAAAGUUAUAUGCAUAUAUUCCCUUGA